UUAUCUUAAUACAUCCAUGCUAGUUCUAGCUACUAAACUUCAUCAUCAUAAAUCUAUUUUCUCAUCUUCAACAAAUGGACUGUUGCAUUGUAUCCGCCCUGUGUUGUUUUGUAUCACUUUAUUUCCUGAUUCACUUGCUGUGUUUUAUUUUCGCGGAUGCAGACUUCACUCUGCUGUGGGCGAGUCUGUUAGGACACAGGCCAGAGAAUAAGCUGAAAGGGCUGGUGGUGUGGGUCACUGGAGCCUCCAGUGGUAUUGGAGAGGAGCUGGCCCACCAGCUAGCCAGGUGUGGGUCACGUCUCAUCUUGUCUGCUCGACGCCAGGAUGAGCUAAACAGGGUGAAACGGUGCUGUUUAGAGGGCUCCGGCCUCCAGGAUGAAGAUAUUCGUGUUCUUCCUCUUGAUUUGUUGGAUAGGACAUCGCACGAAGAAAAAACAAAAGCAGCGAUUCAAUACUUUGGACAUAUUGAUGUCUUAAUUAACAAUGGCGGCCGAAGCCAGCGCUCUCUGUGCUUAGAGACCAGUGUGGAUGUGUAUCAGGCCUUGAUGGAGCUCAACUUCCUGGGUACGGUCUCCAUCACUAAGCAGGUGCUGCCUCACAUGACUCAGCGAGGCACUGGGAGCAUUGUGACUGUCAGCAGCGUAGUCGGCCUUGCUGGGGCACCCCUGGCAACGGGAUACUCUGCCAGCAAACAUGCUCUUCAGGGAUUCUUUAAUUCCCUUCGGACUGAGAUGACUGACUUUCCAAACAUACUCAUCAGCACAGUGUGUCCAGGGCCGGUGCAGUCACAGAUUGUCCAAAAUGCCUUCACAGAGGAAUUGAACAAGCCUGUGGCAGCAGCUGGUAACCAGGAGCACAAGAUGCCAACAACUCGCUGUGUGCGUUUAAUGCUGGUGGGAAUUUCCAAUGGUGUCAAGGAAAUGUGGAUUGCACAGCAGCCCUUUCUCCUGUUUUACUACGCCUGGCAGUACGCUCCCACAUUUGCCUGGUUCAUAACAAACAUGUUGGGCCGAAAAAGGGUGCAGAAUUUCAAAGCUGGCCUGGAUGCGGAUUCUGCAUAUUUCACUAAGCCCAAGACCUCCUGAGAGUCACGUCAAGGGGAAAUACGUUUAGUGCAUUCCUGCUGUUAGUAAAGGAAAGUAAUAUGGGGUUUCCUGCAAAUUAUGGGUGUCUUUGCCUCAAUCUUGAAGGAUGACAUGUGAUACAACUGCUUUAAAAGCUCCGAGCUCUCAGGGUCUGAUUUAAAAUAAAAAAUAAAUAAAAGGUACACAUUUAUUUCAUUAGGCUAUCAUCUUUAAUGUAAAGUUAAUCCUGUUUAAUUGUUUUCAAUGUAAAGAGCAUCUUCAGAUUAUAUGAACUUCUGGCCCUAAACCUGCAUGAAUUGAUAACAUGAGGAUUAUGGAUUCCAUGUAAUCUAGAACUAGCCUUUUGAAUGACUAAUAAAAUUUAGUUUGGAUCAA